UGACGUAACAGCCCGCCGUUAGCGCAGCUCGGACUUUGCCGGGCGUUGGCGUUCUUCCGGGGGUAACUGAAACAUAUUUCGUGACUAAAAGGCAGCUUACUUUCAUUCUUCCACUUUUUAUGUAACCAAGAAAAAGCGCUAUUAGCGGCCAGGGCGGAGUUACAGGGCGAGCCGGCCAUAACGUGACAUCUGUGACGUUGUGCUUGUUCCGCCUGGGCUGCCUUCACGCUGUCUGUCUGCUGGAGCGCCAUUGGCGGCGACCACUCUUCACCACUGUUCACGACUGUUUACCAGUUGACUUGAACGGCUGAAUCCUGGGAUCCAUAAGACGGUGCUGAUGGAGAAGAGGAGGUCCGACUGUCCUGCUCUGCCGUCCGGUUGGAAGAAGGAAGAAGUAAUCAGGAAGUCUGGUUUGAGUGCCGGGAAGAGCGACGUCUACUACUACAGUCCAACAGGGAAAAAGUUCAGGAGUAAGCCUCAGUUGGCCCGUUACCUUGGAAACUCAGUGGAUCUGGCAUGUUUCGAUUUCCGGACGGGGAAGAUGAUGCCUGGCAAACUGCAGAAGAACAAACAAAGGUUGAGACAUGACCCUCUCAGCCUGGCUAAGGGAGGUAAGCCUGAUCUGAACACAUCCCUGCCCAUCAGACAGACGGCAUCCAUCUUUAAACAGCCUGUUACCAAGGUUACAAGUCACCCUGGAAACAAGGUCAAGACAGACCUGCAGAAAGCGACUGAGCAGCCCACACAACUUUUUUGGGAGAGGAGGUUGAAAGGUUUGCGAUCAUCAGAUAUCUCUGAAGAGGUUCUACGUACCAUAGACCUACCCAAAAGCUUACAGAGUGUGGGUGUCGACUCAAGUGAUGACACUCUCCUGUCUGCCAUCGCCAGUGCUCUGCACAUGAGCUCGUCUCCUAUCACAGGACAAACUUCUGUGGCAGCUGAGAAGAACCCAGCAGUCUGGCUGAACACAUCACAGCCCCUGUGCAAGGCCUUCAUUGUGACUGACGAACAAAUACGCGAGCAGGAACUGAAGGUUCAUCAGGCAAGGAGGAGUCUGGAGGAGGCGCUGAUGGCUGACGGUUUGGCACGUGCUGCUGAAAACACCCGAGAGAUGCUGGAGGGCAUGACAGCUUGAGCACAGAAACAUGAGACAGAAUUUGGACCUUGAUACAUAUCACCAAUUCUACAAUUGAUGGAGUGAAAGAUGAAGCAAGAUAGAGAAGAGAAAAUAUUGCAUAUGUUAUUCAUUCAUUGAUUCAUUUUCUACCGCUUUUCCUCACGAGGGUCGCGGGGGGUGCUGGAGCCUAUCCCAGCUCUCUUCGGGCGAGAGGCGGGGUACACCCUGGACUUGUCGCCAGCCAAUCACAGGGCACAUAUAGACAAACAACCAUGCAUAUGUUAUUAUUAUUAUUAUUAUUAUUAUUAUUAUUAACAGUAGUCUAUUUGGUCUCAAAUAACAUUGACAGUAAUAUAUUUUAGCAUCAGUUUAUGGGGCUAUAAACAUUUAAAAACACACCUGCAUUUUUUUAUUUGUGAUUUGAUUAAAUGCAAAACUUUGUUUGUCCUGUCUUUUUUUUUUCCCAUUGUACUUUUUUGAUAAUAUGACCUUUUUAUGAAUUACUUAAUAAUGACCAUGAAUUUCUCACAGGGCUAGUAAUAACCAGUAUACAGUAUAAGUAUCAACCCGUUGAACAUGAACAUAAAAACAUACUCUUUAUAUAAACCUGAGUGGUUUGGAAAGUUCAGCCUAGCCCGUCGUAAAACGGGGUGAAAAGUCUAGUGUAGCGUGUCAUAGACUGUACACUGUGAAUCCGAAGGUGUUUAAUCCUGUGAGUGGUGCAUGUGCCUUUGCACAAUCGUCCUUUCUUCACUAUUUCAGACAAACUAGCGAGCACCGUUGCACAAUGUCCAUGGUUGAAAUGGAUGGCUCUUCUUAUUUGGUGUUAUGCCGCUUGGCCUAUCACCGAACGUAGGCACAGGAAGUUAAAUAAAUGAACGAUUCCGGGAGAAUCGGAAUGUCAAAACCUGUUCCGAUCGAUGGUCGAUGCUCAAUUUUAAUCCCAACCGGGUUAAAUGGAAAUGUAUGGCAAUAUACUGUACAGUAAAGUCUCGUUAUAUCGAUAUCGGUUAUAUCGAAGUACUGCUUAUUACGAUACUAUUUUCAUUUCCCGGCAAAUUCAUUACGUGGCUAGUUUUAGUUUUUGUUCCAGUUUGUUUAAAACAUUCAACAGUUAAAACCAUCGUGGGUUAUGCAGGUUAUGCAUGCACAUUUCAAAAUGUAUCCGCAUUGUUUUGUGACUCAGUUAAAGAAAAAAGUCUGUUUGUCCAGUUCUCAAUUUUAUCAGUGUAGUUUUAAAAAUAUAUAUAAUAAUAAUAAUAAUACAUUUUAUUUCAAAGCGCCUUUCAGGACACCCAAGAUCGCUGUACAGAAGAUAUAAAAACACGAAUAUAAAAUACAAGAUUAAAAAAAAAUAUAUAAUGUAAAUAUCAUAUUUUAUCGGCCCGCCUCGUGAACCUAACAUUAAUGCGCCGCAAAUGCAUCGCAACCGAGGUGCAAACAGUGCCGAUCGUGCAUAUCAAAGCAUGUCUCAUUCACAUGAAUGGGUAAACCUUUUCACCCCUUUUGGAGCAGGUUGUGGUGCAAUUAAUUUAUCUAGAAUCUUGGACCUUCCUUGUUAACUUCUGUGAAUAACUCAUCAAGUUACUCACACAUAAGCAUAGCCUUUUGGGUAAUUAUGCUUCAUUUGUAGCAGUGUUAAUUAAAGUACACGGUUCCUGUCAAAUAAACCAAUAAAAUAAAGCUAUUUGGUUUGUUCCAUUAUACACAUAAUGAUUUGCAAUUAAAGUACUUUCUGAAAGGGUCAGGACUCAUUUGUGUCUUCUCAUGUACACCUAAGGUAUCAAAUACUUAUUUUACUCAUAUUUUUUUUUCAUAAACUUCUCUAUUUUGUAAAAUGUAUUGAAAU